GAACGUUCUGGCGCCUCCGCGAGCUCUGGGGCGCCCCGAGAAGUGUCACACGGCCGUCACCCGCAGUGACUCUCUGGUGUCUCCAGGCAGCGUGUGGCGGGCUCUGGAAAGGAGACCAGGACCCCAUGCAGCUGCCUCCGUCCUCUGUGCUGGACCCCAUCGCCCCUCCCAGCACCGCCUCCAGAGCCCUCGCGCGUCUGUGAGAGCAGCGACAAUGGGCCAAUCUCUGGCUGCCGGCCCUGAGAUGAGAAAUGUUCCCUCAGAAGAGACAGUGUCAUUUGAAGAUGUGGCUGUUAACUUCACGUGGCAGGAGUGGCGGUACCUGAGUGAAGCUCAGAGGACCCUGUACCGGGAUGUGAUGCUGGAGACCUGCAAUCACCUAGUGUCCCUAGGGCACUGUGUUACCAAUCCUGAGGAAAGCAUCAGGUCGCAGCAGGGAUUACAGCCGUGGACUGUGGACGAUCCCCCAAACCAGGACCUCUCAGUAUCCUCUUAAGUUCCUGGGCGAUGCUAUGCCUGUCCACAGCAGCUGUCUGUCUACAUGGCACACUGCAUGUUGCGUGGGUAAGUGAUCUCUCUGGGUUUUCUAACUUAGUCGUCACGUUCUGUCCAGUACUCUAGGUCUCUGUGGUGCCCCCCGAUGCUGGAAUUGCUCACCACCAAAAUGUCCUCCUCUAGAAGGAAACGUUGAACUGUGUGCUAUCGGCUAUAGGUUGAGGUCUGCAGAUGUCUUUACCUACCUUUCAUGAUGAAGGUUUUUCGGGGCCUCCCUGGUGGCCUCGGGGUUAAG